CACCUCCUCCAUUUUCUUCCCUUUCACUCCUUGUCCCCCCAUUUUCAACCUAUCCGAGGCUCAGCGCCCCCAAAAUCCCCGCCGGAAGCUGCUUGACGCGUCCCGUCUCACCUUCUCCGAUCUCGGCGCCGCGGGAAGAGCCAUGUCGACGACCCUUGGGUCAUUCAUAGCCGGCGGUAUCGCGGCCUGCGGUGCCGUCACCGUCACUCACAGCUUCGAGACGGUCAAGAUCCGGUUACAGCUGCAGGGCGAGCUGCAGGCGCGCAAAGAUGCGCCCAGAAUGUACCGUGGCGUGAUUCACGGCAUCACGACCAUCCUGAAGAAUGAGGGCCCCAGUGGCCUGUUCCGCGGAAUCAAUUGCGCCUACAUCUACCAAAUGGUGCUCAACGGGUGCCGCCUGGGCUUCUACGAGCCGAUCCGCGGUACGCUGACCGAAACUUUGUACCACAACGCCAAUGUACAGUCGUUCGGCAUCAACAUCUUCUCGGGCGCGGCGUCGGGCAUCAUGGGCGCGGCGGCAGGUUCGCCAUUCUUCCUGGUGAAGACGCGGCUGCAGUCCUUCUCGCCCUUCCUGCCCGUCGGCACGCAGCACCACUACAAGAGCGCUUGGGACGGCAUGCGCCAGAUCUACGGCCAUGAGGGAAUCAAGGGUCUUUACCGCGGAGUGGGACCCGCCAUGGUGCGCACCGGCUUCGGCAGCUCCGUCCAGCUUCCCACCUACUUCUUCGCUAAGCGCCGUCUUGUCCGUCACCUCGGCAUGGAGGAGGGCCCUGCCUUGCACCUUGCCAGCAGCACCGCCUCGGGUUUCGUCGUUUGCUGCGUCAUGCAUCCUCCCGACACCGUCAUGAGUCGCAUGUACAACCAGACCGGCAAUCUGUAUAACGGCGCGUUUGACUGCCUCUUCCGCACCGUCAAGACCGAGGGCCUGCUCGCCGUCUACAAGGGCUUCUUCGCCCACCUGGCCCGCAUCUUGCCGCACACCAUCCUCACCCUCAGUUUGGCCGAGCAGACCAACAAGCUCAUGCGCAAGGUCGAAGACCGCUACUUCCUGCGCAAGGACGAGCAGCUAUGAUUUCACCAAACCACUUCAUUGAUGUACUGUACAUAACGCAUAACCUAGCCCGGUAGAAUUUCCACGGAAGGCGUUACGGCGGGCACAAAAAGAGAGAGCGGGGCUCUUUCUUCAUUGUCCUCUUCGCAUGAUAUCGGGAGAUAGAACAGAGCAGAAGAGUUUGUAAAAGAGGGAAUGUCGGUCGAUAUUGUAUGUAUGUAUGUAUAAGAGUAUCUUGGAACAAACAGCAGGC